UACAGUUAUCCCCCACCUCCCUCCAUCCCACCCUCCUCCUACAGAGCCUUUACACACUAAACAAUAUACAGUGUCUGCGAGAGAGAGAACUCUGGAGUUCUCUUCUUCGUAUGUGUGUCUAAGUGUACGAGAAUUCACAUCCUUCAUGUGGCUCUGCAACUAAAUUUUUCCAUACAAAAAUAGGUGGGCGUUGCAACCUAGCCUUUACAGCUUCUUUCUUAUUAGUGUAGUGCCUUAGUGAGAGAGGCAGAGAGAGAGAGAGAGAGAGAGAGAGAGAGAGAGAGAUAGGUUUCCUUCUUCUUCUUCUUCUUCAAGAGAAUUUGGUUCUCUGAGAUGGGCAACCAUAGGUUUAGACUAUCUGAUAUGCUGCCAAACUCCUGGUUCUACAAGCUCAAGGACAUGGGAAGAGCUGGUAGAAGCCAAAGGACCACACAGUCCAUGAAGAGAACCCCACCAACAAGCAGAACCAUACCUUCCACCACACCAAAACCACUCCCACCACCCAACCCGGCCUACCUUCCCAACAGAGCAUCCUACUACUUCCCUAGCAGAGAGAGAAUAGGAAGUUUCCCUCACUCGCCCAUCCACCAGAGGGCCUCGGAGACCCAUUUCCCAGUAGUCCCACCAAGGAAAUCCAAGCCAAGAACCAGGAGAAGAGAUCCCACGAAACCUUCUUCCGAGCCGGUCGCGUCCUCUGUUUCUGCCAGCUGCAACUGCCGCGCCACCUUCCCCUCUGCUUGCAGACCCGAGUCCAUUCACGAGAGCCUUCUCUAUCGCCAUGAUGACUACGAUGACGACGACGACGACCAAGACGAUCUCCGUAAGCCCAUCGUUGCUGAGAAAUUGGAAUUCAAGGGCUGUCAGGUUGCCUCUGCCAGCGAUUUCACAAUCAACGUCGGUAGCGAGAAGGGCUCUUUCGAUCGGUUCAAAAGUUUUGAGGGCAUGGAAUCAGUCCCAGAGCUCAAACUCCCGCCAAUUACUACAAAACCCAUGAAGAAGGUGGUCGAAGAGACCGAAGUGGAUGGCAGAACUGCGAGUGGAAAGCAGGGGAGUCACCAUCAUACUAGAAAUAUGAAGAAGACCGGCAACAGCCCGGCAAAGCGAUCCGUUCCGCUUAUUAAGGUGCGCGCCGGCUCUCCAAGGCUUGUUACCAAGAGACUGCAGGCUUAUCGGAACCAGAAGACGGCAGGGUUGAAGAAGACAAUUCAGCAGAGGAGGGGACUCGUGGAGAGCUCUGUGGUGGUGAAGUCGUCCUUGGACCCCCGAAGGGACUUCAGGGAGUCUAUGGUGGAAAUGAUCGUCGAGAAUAACCUCCGGGCAUCGAAGGACUUGGAGGAGCUAUUGGCUUGCUACCUGUCCCUGAAUUCCAAGGAGUAUCACGAUGUCAUCAUCGAGGUGUUCGAGCAAAUCUGGUUUGAUCUCCCUCACAUUAGAUUGUAAAGAAGUGUGUACUAGAAUUGAGGUUUGUAAGGAUAUAUAUAUAUAUGCUUGUUAAGUCUAUCUAUAUAUCUCUAUAUAAAGCUGGCUGUGGAACUUCGUUCAUCUUCUCUUCAA